AUGCCUGGGUGGAGCUGCUUGGUGACAGGAGCAGGAGGGUUCCUGGGACAGAGGAUCGUGCACUUGUUGGUACAGGAGAAGGAGCUACAAGAGGUCAGAGCCCUAGACAAGGUCUUCAAACCAGAAACCAAGGAGGAUCUUUCUAAGCUGCAGACAAAGAAAAAGGUGACAGUGCUGGAAGGGGACAUUCUAGAUGCCCAGUGCCUAAAGAGAGCCUGCCAGGGUGUAUCUGUUGUCAUCCAUGCUGCUGCUGUCAUUGAUGUCUCAGGGGUCAUUCCCAAGCAGACCAUCAUAGAUGUCAAUCUAAAAGGUACACAGCUCUUGUUGGAGGCCUGUGUCCAAGCUAGUGUGCCAACUUUCAUCUACACCAGCUCAGUUGAUGUGGCUGGCCCCAAUUCCUACAAGGAGAUUGUCAAAAAUGGCCACGAGGAAGAACAUCAUGAGAGUGUGUGGUCGGACCCAUACCCAUACAGCAAAAGGCUAGCCGAGAAGGCAGUCCUGGCAGCCAGUGGGAGCACUCUGAAAAAUGGUGGCACAUUGUACACUUGUUCUUUAAGGCCAAUGUACAUCUAUGGGGAAGGAAGCUCAUUCAUUUCUGCUUUAGUAACUAGGGCCCUCAAGAAUGAGGGCAUCCUGGAAGUUACUGGCAAAUUCUCCAUAGCCAACCCUGUGUAUGUGGGUAACGUGGCCUGGGCCCACAUUCUGGCCUCCAGGGCCCUGCAAGAUCCUAAGAGGGCACCAAAAGUACAAGGACAGUUCUAUUAUAUCUCAGAUGAAACCCCUCACCAAAGCUAUGAUGACUUAAAUUACACCCUGAGUAAAGAAUGGGGUUUCUGCCGUGAUUCCAGCUGGAGUCUUCCCCUGUCCCUGCUCUACUGGCUAGCUUUCUUGUUUGAAGCAGUGAGCUUCCUGCUGCGUCCAAUUUUCAAAUAUCAACCCCCAAUCAACCGUCACUUAGUCACAUUGACAAAUAGUGUGUUCACCUUCUCCUAUGAGAAAGCUCAGCGAGAUCUGGACUAUGUGCCCCUCUUCAGCUGGGAGGAAGCCAAGCAGAAAACAGGAGAGUGGAUUGGAUCCCUAGUGGAGCUGCACAAGGAGGCACUGAAGAGAAAGACUCCCUGA